UCACUAUUGCACACCAAAUAGUCAUGAUGAGGCAGCGAGGAGCCUGGACAGAUAUCUCAAUAAAGAUUGUGACAUCACUGACAUCCAGUCUGAGGAGGAGAGCAACCAUGCCCUGAAAAGAAAAAGAAGACCGAAUCCAGUUUAUCACUCAGACGAGGAGCCCCAGAAUGAGUGCAGAUUCACCCAAGCCCCAAAAGUGUUAUUUCCAGCAGCGACCCAACUAGCCAGUCAGAACAGCCAACCAUCACCACCUCCACGAAUCUAUCAGACCCUCCAACGCCCCAAUUCCCCCAUGUUGUCUUACCCCAAUGUCCCAGCAUCGUUCCCUGGAGAUGAAUUGGUGUUCUCUCCAAUUAAUUUACUCCAGAGGCCAUCUCCUGAAGUUGUUUCAGAUUCUUCAGAAACUGCCAGGUUGGCAUUAAAAGAUGUGGCUAUGCAAAAACUUCUUACUGCAGUGACAGAGCUUUCCAAGGAGGUGAAGGACCUGCGGGAGGAGUUUAGGCAAUUCCGCCAGUCCUGCAGGUGUGGACAAUCGGAGUCUGUGGUACAGCCACUGUCGGAGCCCUUGGAGCUGCCCUUCCACACCAUGGAGGCCCUGGCCCAUGCAGAAGAGACACUGUUAAAUGGCACAAACCGACAGGCAAUGACUGCUCGUCUCGCCACCAUUGGAGGGACUACCCUAGAGGUGAGGGUCCGCCGUAUGAUGGCACACCUGUUGUCGAAUGAACUGGCUCCAAGACUGAACUGGGCUGGAAAAAAGAACAAGGAGCCUACUAAACAAAAACGUCCCUUUAAAGAGUUGGCACUCUGCCGAUCUUUGUUUGGUGCAGAGCGGACAACGCAUCACGACACCGUCACAGCAGAUGACCUACUAACCCGGAACAACACUUCUUCUUCUUCUUCUUCUUCUUCUUCCUUGAUGUUUAACGGCGGUUGGCAUCCAACUUCAAUGGUGCAUUACCGCCACCUACUGAAGAAAGCUGCGGAUCGACCAGCCCGCCACCCGAGCACCGGACACCAAGUCCCCGUGCACUCAGCCGGCCGGCAAACAGGAUCACGUGGCACCGAGGACGAGCACUGGACACCACAGGAUUCAGCACCAAGCAAAGCACCUUUCAAUAAAUACACCCUCCGGGGCUUCACUUUUGCACUAACCCCUGUCGUGUGA